AUGCGACGCGGACUUCUCAUCUUCAUCUUGGUGAACCUACUCGUCCUAUCAUUCUUGAUCCGCAGUGUCUCGACUCUUCUGUCGCUGCUGGUGGAGGAUGCCUCGGCCGACGCGAUUCACCGCGCUGAACUCCCCUCGCCCAAUUCAAGCUUGAUCGAACAACGCCCGCAAAUCAUUCCCAAGAUCAUUCACCAAACAUACAAAAAUGAAACUAUCCCGGAGGUUUGGGUUGAGGCGCAGCAGAGCUGCAUUGAUUUGCACCCGGACUACGAAUAUAUUCUCUGGACAAAUGAAAAAUCCCGAGACUUUAUCGCCGCCGAAUACCCUUGGUUCUUGGAUACCUUUGAUGGCUACAAGUAUCCUAUCCAGCGCGCGGAUUCCAUCCGUUAUUUCGUUCUAGCCCACUUCGGUGGCACUUAUAUCGAUUUGGAUGAUGGCUGCAACCGCCGAUUGGACCCCCUGCUUGCCUACCCCGCAUGGGUACGACGUACCGUACCAACAGGUAUCUCAAACGAUGCGAUGGGCUCAGUUCCCCAACAUCCAUUCUUCCUCCGCACGAUCGAGUUAUUGCAAUCAUAUGACCGCAGCUGGCUGCUCCCGUACAUUACCGUCAUGUAUUCAACCGGGCCAUUAUUCUUGUCCGUGAUCUGGAAGGAGUAUAUGCGCGAUGGGCCUUCCGAGUCCGGACGCGUUCGAAUCCUGAUGCAGGAAGAGUACAAUAAGCACUCGUGGAGUUUCUUCACACAUCACACCGGCAACAGUUGGCACGGCAAGGACGCGCAUCUUAUUUUCUGGAUGGGUCAACACUGGAUGUUCCUCACCUUCCUCGGCUUCCUAAUCGCAGCCGUCGUAGGUUUCUGCCUCUUCUGGACAUACGGCCGAGUCAUGCUCCUCGGAUCGAAAUACCGCUACCGCUACACGAAAGUUCCCUCCAUAAUCAGCCCGUCGCGCCUUUCGUCGUCCCCAUCGCGUCGGGCGAGAAGCUUGAUGCCUGACUUUAUGCGACGCGUCAGCUUCAAGGAAGAUGAAGAAUCCCGCGGCGGGUCGACGGAGACCUCUUACGAGCUUGGUCGACGUGAUGAUUAA